AUGCAUCCGUCAAUUGUGACCAUCGAUGAGACAAUGGAUCAAAAGAUCGGUAAAUAUUUUUGCAUAUUUUGCGAUUUGUGCACUGAUUUCGAGACAAUCAGUGAGGCUUACAAUCACUACAAACAACACAUGAAAUGCGAUUACUAUUGCGUUAAUUGCGAUAACAAUCGGAAGUGUAAUGAAAGCCACGACCAGAGCGUCGGUCUGUCGGACGACGAGUCGGGACUGAUCUCGAUGUGGACCGAGAGGUUCCUCUCAUAUCAGAGCGAAUUGAUUGAUAAGACGUAUUCACAACUGUUCCGCACGUCUCGGCUCUUCACCGGAUGCGCUGUCUGUCAGACAUUCCUCAGGCUUUGCACUCAAAACAACAUAAAGCACAGCAAAGGAGACAUCCAGUGGUCUCACAACGAGGCCUUCAGUAAUGAGACGAGACAUGUGUGCAGUCAUCUCCGGUACUAUCCAUUCGAGUGCCAUAAGUGUGAGUCCGACGGCCGAUACCACAAGAAGUGCGAUAUGUCUGAAAUCACGCGACACAUCCGCAACACUCACUCCUCAUGUCUUAAGGACACAGACAUCGAUGCGUUGAUCAAAUCGGCGAAGAUAUCAAAAUUGGAGAGUUUUAUUCACUACUGUCUGGAGAAUCGGAAACAACUGCAACCCAUGACACCGACCGCACCGGUAGUGACGCCGACGCGAACGUCGAAACGCAUAUCGAGUCAAACGCCUAAAGCGGUGCCAACGGUGUCGCCAACCCUUUCGGCCUCCAAACCAAAAAAGGCCAAAAUAGACACUCAAACCAUUGGAGCCAACAAUCAAAACAACGGCAAAUCAAUUGACGCCAAGAAUACGACAAUUUGUAGUCCAAAAAGUGAUGUCAUUCUAAGUAUAAGAAAACCCAAAAAUACGAAUAAUUCGUUAAACAAAUCGUUGAGUUUUACUCAAAACAAAAUGAUUUUCAUUAAUAACAGCAAUAAUAAGAGCAAUGAAAACCAGAAAGUGAUUCAUUACGACAAUUCUGUGCCCAAAACGGCCGCUAAAGUGGAAAUCAAGUUUAAACCGAUUGUGAAGACAUAUUCACACCAAACAAAUCAAGCGCUCAUGUCUUUGAAGACCAAACAAAAUCUUAUAUCUGGGGAUCAAAUCAUUAUAAAGAAAUCACAAGAAAUAUUGUCACCGAAAGGGAUGAGUCUAAUCAAUAAGACGGCCAGUAUUUUGGCCACAAAACCCACGGCACAGAAACCUAUGGACACAAGUCUUAGUCAACAAUUUUCCGAUUUAAUGGACUCAUCGGAAGACAACGAUUGCCUCCAAAUUGACUUAAAUUCAAACGAUUUUCAAAACGAGAUUAAAAAUGUUCAGUAUUUUUGUAUCUUCUGUACCGAAAAGAUGGCGACCAAAGACACGGCUUAUGAACACAUGCAAAGACAUCUCGACUACUAUCCCAUCAUAUGUUUGACGUGCAAUGAAGGACUCGUUGACUUGCAUUCAUUUAUGAGACAUCACAGGGAAUCACAUCCCGAGGCAGUGAAGGGCCGCUACAAGAAGAAGGAGUUGCCGGCCGUCGAGAAAUGGAUUUCUUCGUAUCUCUACUCACAGACAACAAUCAUUCGCUCGUUUCCGCCGCGCGAGACGUGUCUGGUCUGCGACCGCAUAUUCACGCGCGCAGACAUUAUGGGCAAUAAACCGCGUCGUUGUACUAUCAACAGAAAGAUUGAUCACUUGUUUAGACACUUAUCGUAUUUGCCGUACGAAUGCAUUUUGUGUAAACAGAGCGGAAGUGAGUUCUUUGUGGCUUAUUUCGAGAGCAAAGCUCACAGUCAUAUCAAACUAAAACACCCGGAGAUUGACGACAAUGAGGGUCGGUGGCAGGUUUUCCAGAAAACCAUUUCUAUACCCAAAUUGGAUGAGUUUAUCGACAAUUAUCUCUUACAAUACGGUAUAUCAACUCAACAGGAAAGGCGUCCCAUCAAAAAGUGUAAUAAAUAUAAUGGUCCGACCGAUGCGACCGACACUGUUACGAGUCCUCCCAAUGACAACACUUCGCUUGACUUUAAUAACAGUUCUUUAAAUUUAAAUAUGAUUUUCUCCGAUAUAAUGGAUACGACGGCAAACACUCCUCAAUGCGAACCCAAACUAAUUGAAAUCCAAUCGCACAGCGAAGACAAUAACGGUAACAAUGAUAUUGAUUUGAAGCCUAUUGUCGAAGACAUGAGUUUACACAAGAAUAAUGCCAACGAUAUUGUAUCGAAUGAAUUGAAUAAUAAUUCCAACGACAGUAAUAUCGUUGUGGACGUCCAUCCGCAACAAAUAUUCGACAAAACAAUGGCCGACGACUCCGACGAAGAGCUCUACUAUUGUAUAUUCUGUACGGAAAAGAAGUACUUCUCAAAGAUGGACGCGUAUUCCCAUUAUGGCGCACAUCUCGAAUACUUACCCGUUAUGUGUACGAUAUGCAGAAGGAAUUUCCCAGAUGUCGACCAUUGCAUGACUCACCACAUGUCAGACCACUCAACGGAAGACAACAUUCAGUACGAGAUAACCGAAGACCACUCUUUGGUCAAAUGGGUCAAUGAGUUCCUGGACUCGCAGCUGUCGGCCAAGAAAGUGAUGCCGUGUUCGUGCGGUUACAACUGUCCCGUUUGCACCAAAUUGGUCUCAAUUGAGUCGUUCGAGAGUCUACUGCCGUGCGCUCAACACAAUGAUGUCGUGUUCAGCGUUCACAUCCAUAAACAUCUCAAUUACUUUCCCUACGAAUGCAAUACUUGUAAGCGAAACGGCAUUUCCGUUCGCGUACCUAAUCUGGACGCUCAGGCCAUGAAACACAUGAAAGAGCACAACAUAGAGAACGCGGCGAUGUCUCAAGUGGUGAAGAACUUUCCCAAAACAUUAGUCAUUUCUCGUCUCGAGAAACUGAUCGGCGAUUGUGUUCAUCGAAAACGAGUCAAUGAGAAGAAGAAUCGUCUCGAUUCCAGUCAAUUGAGUGCUCUGUCGCCCAACUGCUCGACCACUCUAUCAUUUAUAUCGUUAAAAAACGAGUCCUCGCUUUCCGCUGCACACAAACGGACACAACACACACGUCUAGAAGGCGGACGAAUUAUUAAUCUGCCGCCGAAACCCAUUACCAACGAUAAGCCAAUGAAUCGCGAAAUGCCAGUCCUCGACGGACCCAUGAAUAUUGACAUGGAAUCUGAAAUAAACGGCACAAACAUAUCGACACUUUGCUAUACUGUGAUGAGCUGUAAAGGACGCUUUGGAGAACUGAAAUGGCAAGAUCAACGCAUUUUGUACCAGCUCACUUAG